GUCUCGUAAAUCCCCCACGAAUUUUGUACUCCCCCUCUCCCUCUCUCUCUAUCGUUCUCAUUCUUCCCGUGCUUUGAAAGAAACAACAAAACAAACAGAGAAUCAAAAGCCGUUACGUUUGGGGACAGUUAACACGCAGAGAAGGAACGAGAGAGUGCGUGUGGUGUGGUGUGUGGUAGUGGGAUCUUGAGAUAUUUGCGAAACAGUUGAAUAAGAGAGGAGAAGCGAUGGCGAGAGGAUCUCUCGCAUUUCAUAUAUGGAUCUCGGUUUGUGCUCUGCUUCUUCUCCGUUCUCAUUGCUUCUACCUCCCUGGCGUCGCACCCGAGGAUUUCAAAAAGGGAGACUUAUUGGCAGUCAAAGUGAACAAACUGGCCUCCACAAAAACACAACUUCCUUAUUCCUACUAUUCUCUGCCUUAUUGCCGCCCUCAACGUAUAGUUGACAGUGCUGAAAAUCUUGGGGAAGUUCUUCGUGGGGAUCGGAUUGAAAACUCUCCUUACGUGUUUAAAAUGAGAGAACCAGAAAUGUGCAAGAUAGUAUGUCGUUUAACACUCAAUGCCAAAUCUGCGAAAGAAUUCAAAGAAAAGAUUAUUGAUGAGUAUCAGGCAAACAUGAUUUUGGAUAAUCUUCCUCUCGUUUUCCCAAUUGAAAGGCCUGAUCAGGAAAAAUCUGUUGUGUAUCAACAUGGUUUUCAUAUUGGUCUAAAAGGACAAUAUGCUGGGAUCAAGGAAGAAAAGCAUUUUAUUCACAAUCACUUGUCAUUUACAGUCAAGUAUCACAAAGAUGUUCAAACAGAUACUUCAAGAAUUGUAGGAUUUGAGGUCAAACCAUUCAGUGUUAAACAUGAAUAUGAAGGUGAAUGGAAUGAUAACAUCCGUUUGACAACUUGUGAUCCCCAUGCAAAACGAUUGGUUACCAACUCUGAUUCUCCACAAGAGGUUGAGGAUAAGAAGGAAGUUAUAUUUACAUAUGAUGUUGAAUUUGAGGGGAGUGAUGUGAAAUGGGCAUCUAGGUGGGAUACCUAUCUUCUGAUGACCGAUGAUCAAAUUCAUUGGUUUUCAGUUGUCAAUUCUUUGAUGAUUGUUCUUUUCCUAUCUGGCAUGGUAGCCAUGAUCAUGUUGCGGACUCUUUACCGUGAUAUCUCCAAGUACAACCAAUUAGAAACCCAAGAAGAAGCCCAAGAAGAGACAGGGUGGAAGCUUGUCCAUGGGGAUGUUUUCAGACCUCCCACAAACUCAGAUUUACUCUGUGUCUAUGUAGGGACUGGGGUUCAAUUUUUCGGGAUGAUUCUUGUUACCAUGAUCUUUGCUGUUCUUGGCUUCCUCUCACCUUCAAACCGAGGUGGUUUGAUGACAAUGAUGCUCCUACUUUGGGUCUUUAUGGGUCUCUUUGCUGGUUACUCUUCAGCUCGUCUUUAUAAGAUGUUCAAGGGAACUGAAUGGAAGAAAAUUGCUCUGAAGACCGCUUUCAUGUUUCCAGCCAUUGUGUUUGCCAUCUUCUUUGUCCUGAAUGCCCUAGUAUGGGGGCAGAAGUCUUCUGGGGCAUUGCCAUUUGGAACAAUGUUUGCUCUGGUAUUCUUAUGGUUUGGCAUCUCAGUUCCUCUAGUCUUUGUUGGUAGUUAUAUUGGUUUCAAGAAGCCAGCAAUUGAAGAUCCAGUAAAAACUAAUAAGAUUCCUAGGCAGAUCCCAGAACAGGCCUGGUACAUGAAUCCAGCCUUCUCAAUCCUGAUUGGUGGCAUACUCCCAUUUGGAGCUGUCUUUAUUGAGCUCUUUUUCAUCCUCACUUCAAUAUGGUUGCAUCAGUUUUAUUACAUAUUUGGUUUUCUCUUCCUUGUCUUCAUCAUCCUCAUUGUCACAUGUGCGGAAAUCACGGUCGUGCUAUGCUAUUUCCAGCUGUGCAGUGAGGACUAUCUUUGGUGGUGGAGGUCAUACUUAACUUCCGGUUCUUCCGCUCUAUAUCUCUUUCUAUAUGCUGCUUUCUACUUCUUCACAAAGCUUGAGAUUACAAAGCCAGUAUCCGGGAUCUUGUACUUUGGGUACAUGCUGAUUGUAUCUUAUGCUUUCUUUGUAUUCACUGGUAUGAUUGGAUUCUACGCAUGCUUCUGGUUCACGCGGCUAAUCUACUCAUCUGUCAAGAUUGAAUGAUACACUACUUUACCACUGACUGAACCAUAGACAGGGCUAUCGCUCUCUCCAGGAUUACCAUGAGCUCGGUUUUUGAAUCUUAAACCAUAGAAAUUCACACUAGCACUUUCAAUACAGGAUCUUUGGCAGUUUUAGCUUAUUUUUAUUCUAUUUGUUUGUUAUUAUCAUCUCUCUUAAUGUACGAAAUGUUUGGGAUGAAUAUAGGGUAAUCUCCUUAUUCUUGAUCAUCCAAGGAAUGGAAAUUGAAUUCUUGUGUUAGCACUACAUAUCCAGUUGAACUUAACAGUCGCCAAAUCCAUUGUGGAAGGGAUUGGUUGUGUACUUGGCCAAAUAAAGAGAGAAAUCAAUUCCAAUAUUUUCUGUACUC